AUGUCUGCGGAUCCCAACAGCAAGUUUGCGCCCGAGCCGAAGACCCAAAACAAGGGUCGCGAGCUGAGCUUCAAGCAACAGCUGGACCAGGCUGCCCACGAUGCACGGAAAUCUGACGAUGAACCCAACCAGAAGUCACUUAUUGAGAAAGCACAUUCCAACCUCCCUGUUUCCCUCUGUGUCUGGUACAUUCCGGCCGCCACCAAGAUCCUCGGCAAUCCGCAAGAGGAGAGAGACGAGAAGAUUUCGCGGCCUGGAAUCCCUGGACCCCCGGAGCGCCCGUACAACGACGCCCAGGUCGAGGAGUUCAUCCGGCAACAGCAUCGUAGCAAGGGAGAAAACGGCUUGCUGGAAUGA